AUGCAAUAUUUUUUUAUCAAAGAUGGCGACCUUGUCACAGUUGCUUUUCCUUGCCAAACAAUAAUGAGAAAAUCGCUUUUACACUUAAAUUAGUGUAGAAAACGUAACAAAGGACAUAGUUUUAUGUGUGGAAUAAUUGAUUUAAUCUAGUCAUAUUGAUAAUGUGAUCACAAGAGUACUCAUGGCUUCUAAUGUACAAGAUUCACCUGUGGUUCAGCAGACAUUCGUGGAAGAGAUAGAUUACAAUGAAAUUCGGGAGUUGACGGUAGUUGGGAAGGGUGCUUUUGGAGUGGUAUGGAAGGGUCUUUGGAGGAACAAAUAUGUGGCUGUGAAGCAUAUAAACUCUGAGGCUGAGAAGCGAGAGUUCGCAAUAGAAGUGAGACAGUUGUCCCGAGUGUCCCACCCAAACAUAGUGCGGUUGUAUGGAGCAUGCACGAAGGGAGCUCAUGUGUGCCUUGUUAUGGAGUUUGCAGAAGGAGGAUCACUGUACAAUGUGCUGCAUUGUCACCCCAAGCCUAAGUAUACUCCUGCACAUGCUAUGAGUUGGGCUCUACAAUGUGCCGAGGGUGUAGCAUACCUACAUGCAAUGAAACCAAAGCCGCUAAUACACAGAGAUUUAAAACCACCAAACUUGCUUCUUGUGAGCAAUGGACAGAGACUGAAGAUUUGUGAUUUUGGCACAGCGGCGGACAAGGCUACAUACAUGACAAAUAACAAAGGCAGUGCAGCAUGGAUGGCACCAGAGGUAUUUGAAGGGUCGUCCUACACAGAGAAGUGUGAUGUCUUCUCCUGGGGCAUCAUACUGUGGGAGGUGCUGACUCGUCGGAAACCCUUCGAAGAGGGUGGCUCCGCUUUUGGCAUCAUGUGGGCAGUGCAUAAUGGGCAGCGACCGCCGCUGAUCGAGGGCUGCCCGCCGCCGCUGGAGCAGCUCAUGACUCAGUGCUGGCACAAGGUGCCCGCCCGGAGACCCAGCAUGAACAAGGUAGUAGAAAUAAUGACAGCCCUCAGCGAAUUCUUCCCCAAGGCGGACACACCGCUGAACUACAACGACUGUGAAGAAGACGACAGUCUCAGCCUGGACGACGAAUACAUGACGUAUGACACACGGGACAGCCUCGACACUGACGCCACAGACAUGUCGCAGAACGCACCGGACCAAUACGAAUACACCAAUGAGAGCACGUCCAGCCUUCCACCAAUGAGGAACAACGAGGCCACCCCGCCCCCCCGCCGCCCGCUUAGCUUCGUCGAAACCAGAGUCUCCAAACUACAGAAUUUGAUCGCGGCUGACGCUCAGACCAAAACUGCAGCCAUACCUAGAGAAGAUGACGUGCAUAACAGAAUAGGCCCGAUUAACAUACCGCAGCAGUUUAGGAAACAAGAGUUUGACAGGUCACAGGAGGCUGGGCGGUCCCCGGUCACGAUACAAAGGACGUCAAGUUCACCAGUGCCUGUGGACCAGUAUGGGAACCCGAGUGAAGUCAGUACACCUCAAGAUUCGCUGAGAAUCGACCGCAGCCCCAAUGUGUUCAGUGAGAGUUCGUCCCCGCGCCGUCUGUCACCACUAGCCAACUACAACAUCGGGAAUAUGAACCCUCGGCAUAUCGACAUAGAGCAGUAUUGGAACAGAGAGAAUGAGAAGCUAUCCCCAGCUAGGAGUCCGUCGGCCCGGAGUAAUACCAACUCUACGGUUACUGAGAAUAGAGAUGAUUAUAAUUUGAACUACUGCGAUAGACUAAGCGCGGCAAACAGCCCGCUAGCUCCGAGGAAGCAGUACCAGAAUGGAAAUGUGAUGCCCUACAGGAACUAUGAUACGAGAUACGACCAGCCGUUACAAAUUGAUGUGGAUCCUAACUCGUGGGAGCUCCAAGAUAUACCGUUUGAGGACAGCAUAGUAGAAGUGAAAAACAUGGCGGGGUUCGACAAAUUAUACACGUUAGGUAACAGCAGCGCGUCAACCUCAGCGCCGGGCGCGUCCCCCCCCGCGCCGCCCGACCCCGCCCUAGACUCCAUGCACCUGAUGCUGGAGCCGCACCUGCGCCCCGUGUCGCCGGACCUGGCCGACGACGAGUCCAAGCGCGUGUUCGACGAGCACAAGCAGCUCGCGCAGGAGUACCUCAAGAUACAAACAGAGCUGGCGUACCUGAAUAAGCAUAAAACGCAGCUUGAAGAACAAAUGGACGAUGAAGAGUUACAACAGAAGAGAAGAUAUAUACAAUUAGAAAAUGAAAAGGACUCCCUUGUAGAGCUGUACCGCAGUCUCAAGAAGCAGCUAGCGCGAGCCGAGAACGACAGCUGGCUGCUCCUGCCUGAAGACAUGCCGCACGAGUGAAGUAGGCCGGAGCAAUGUGCGGCCCGACGACCGAGCGCGGCCCUAUGGCACCCCGAUAAUGUGAGGAUAAUUGGAGACACUGUUGUGUUGUGAGGUAGUAGAUUCGGUGGUUGUAUGACAAUAAUUAAGUUUUGGGAGAGGCCAAGAAGGUUGGAUCGUCUGGGUUUCGGCAUCGGACGUUUUCAUUGCAAAAUAAUGUUAUAAAAUCACUUGGUAAGAAAUUUAAAAGCCAUUGAAAGCCUUUUAGAUACAUAAAAUGUUUUGGCAAUAUCCAUGAAAACAAGGUUAGGUAUUUAGAUAAUGGAAUUCAUCACAAUAUUAGCCAAAAACAACAGCGUUUCUGAGUCUUUCCUUAGCGUUGUCGGGUUCGGAACAGGGUCAGUGUCUUCAGUGUUAUGUAAUAAGAAUUUAUACGUAAGCUGUGACAGGUCUGAAGAUAUGUUACAGUUACAGGUCGGUUAACUGAAGCUGACUUUCACGAAACGAAAACUUCAUCAUGC